AUGGCGACCAACUCCAUCAAGCUACUGACUGGCAACAGUCAUGGCACCCUGGCUAAGCUGGUCUCCGACAGACUGGGUAUAGAGCUGGCGAAAAUCAUGGUUCUGCAAUACUCGAACAACGAAAGCAGCAUCUCGAUCGGCGAGUCAGUACGAGACGAAGAUGUCUUCAUAAUCCAAUCCACCGAACCCGGCAACAUCAACGACCACAUCAUGGAGCUCCUCAUCCUCAUCAACGCCUGCCGCACCGCCUCCGCCCGCCGCAUCACCGCCGUCCUGCCCAACUUCCCGUACGCUCGACAGGACAAAAAGGACAAGAGUAGAGCACCUAUUACGGCCAAGCUCAUGGCCAACAUGCUGCAGACUGCCGGGUGCAACCAUGUGAUCACUAUGGAUCUGCAUGCGAGCCAGAUACAGGGGUUCUUCAACGUGCCGGUGGAUAAUCUUUACGCGGAGCCGAGUACUUUGAGGUGGAUCAGGGAGAAUUUGAGUGUGAGGGAUUGUGUGAUUGUGAGCCCGGAUGCGGGAGGAGCGAAGAGAGCAACAUCGAUCGCGGACGGCCUGGAUCUGGGAUUUGCGCUCAUUCACAAAGAGCGCGCGAGACCGAACGAAGUCAGUCGCAUGGUGCUUGUCGGAGACGUCCGUGAUCGCAUCGCAAUCAUCGUCGACGACAUGGCCGACACUUGUGGGACGCUCGUCAAAGCAGCCGACGUGGUUAUGGACCACGGCGCCAAGGAGUGCAUUGCGAUUGUGACGCACGGGAUAUUAAGCGGUGAUGCUUGCGCGAAGCUGAAUGGGAGUCGGUUGAAGAAGCUUGUGGUGACCAAUACGGUGCCGCACGAUGAGAAGAAGAAGCUGUGCGACAGGAUCGAGACGAUUGACAUCAGUCCUACGCUGGCUGAGGCGUGCAGAAGAACGCACAAUGGCGAGAGCGUCUCGUUCUUGUUCAAGCAUGCGCCCAUGGACUAG